AUGAGUUUGCAGGUGCACCGCCUACGGGGUUGCUCGGACGCAAGCUGGGGCGCGGGCUGGCAGGGCCGGGUCUCGGGGCAGGGCGCCCCUCGCCUCCUGCCUCCGCCUCUCCGUUCCGCACUGGUCCGGGUGAAGCCAGGGGGGGCGGGGGGAGCCGCGCUGACGUCACUGCGGGCCGUGCCCGCCCGAGAAGGCGGCGCUGAGCCGCUCAGAGCCCGGAGAAGCGGCGCGCCGCCGGGAGCCCCCGCGCCACCGCCGCCGCGCCGGCCUCUAGCAGCUCUCGGCCACGCCACCGUGCGGGCAGCGGCUCCUGGGAAGGCGGCCGGAGCUGGGCCGGAGCCUGGGGACUCGCCUGAUCCUGGGCGACCGAACCACCGUCACCGCAACCGCCCCACCCCCGCCGUCGCCUCGUGGGGUCCCGGCCCCCUCCCGGUUGCUGCUCCACGGCAGGUCCUCCAGCUUCCUGCACUCCCUACCUGGGCUCUGCGUCUCCUUGGCUGGCACCUAUUCGCUCUCCCCCAGCAACGAAGGAGGGCGUGCCACCGCCACGGGAGAGGUGAGUGGCCACUGCCAAGGAAGGAGGACGCGGGGUGUCUCCAAAACGGGUCGGGCGACCAGGAGCGUUGGAAGAUCCCAGGAUCCCGUUGGACACGCUCCAGGGUCAGAAGAAGAGAAGAGACAGCUUGGUGGUGACUAAGAAGAUGGGAAGGAGGAGAAAAUGAAAUGUUGCCUGAAGACAAUGGCCGAGACAGCCUGUCCCACCCUGCACAGCCGCCAGGGCUUCCUUCCCCAGCCUGGUCUCCUCUGCCUUCCCUCUGCUGAACCUGAGGGUUCAAGGUGGCCUGGUAAAGAAACAAGGUCACUAGAAGACCAGCCCACUCACCUGGAAGUCAGAGGCUCCUCACCCUCCAGCCCACCAUCCUGUUUAGUGCACUGGGCAAGCCUCUUUCCUCUCCUGGCCUGGAAAAGGAACACUGGAUAUGGCUGAGUCUGCAGCCACUCAGCCUCUACAUUUUACACUGGGAAUUCUUACUUUUUCUGCUUUGCUACCUGCAAGUCACCCUACCUCCUGCUCCCUGAAUUUCAGGCAACUCAGCCUUUUCUCCUUCAAGCUGCCCUGGGACACAGGUAGAUUCCUCUACUAAAGCCUACAGAGAAACAAA